AUGGCGGAAAAAGAGCCCUUUUCACCUGGAGUCCCAUGUCCCUCGCGAGCUGUUUGUAGGACUUGCGGGGCAGCUGCUGCGGGUCGAGAAUGGCGGCCUCUGCGCGGAGACGCCAGUACCAGUAGUUUUGGAAAAAGUCCAUUUGUUUGGGAUUUGUCUCCAAAAGUGCUGCAACAUCAGCAGGAAGUGUCUCCAAAGGCAGCUCGAAGUCCUCCGGAAGGGCCCGCGAGAAGUGCAGGUAGGGGCGCCGCUGCUGCUGCUGCUGCUGCUGCUGCUGCUGCGAAAAAACGGGCCCAAAAGACCCCAGAACCGCCCCGCUGCUCCUGCUGCUGCUGCUGCUGCUUGCUGCAGCAGCAGCAGCAGCAGCGCUGCCCCACGGGCGCAGCAGCGAAGGCAGCGGGGACAGCAGCCGCCGGGACAGCAGCAGCGCGCGCAUUUCCACUGCAGCAGCAGCAGCAGCAGCAGCAGCAGCAGUGA